CCAAACACGGCAGCUCGCUCGCAGGCUCACAGGCGUGUUGCCAUGGCAACGAAGGACCCCCAUCACCACCACCACGGCCCCCCUCGAGGCACAUACUGUCUCUCCGACUCGGCAGGCAGCGUUACAGUGGACUCUGGACCGUGGAAAAGCAGCCAGGGCGUCGGUGUCGCCGGCUCCAAAUGAGUGCACCUGCAGCGUCGGUGCAGAACGCAGACCACCACGACAACAACAACAACAACAACAACAACCAGAGCGGUGAAAUGCAAGCAGCUGCAGUGGCGCCCUCCUCCUUCAUGCCCGGCCAGUCGGGGAAGAUUCCGGGCAGGAAGAGAGGAAGACCCCCCCUCCGUGGCGUGGCCAAGAUGGAUUUCCCCGGCCGCUACCCAGACUCGCUGCCCGCGCUGAAGGUGCCCAAGAAGAGGGGGAGGAAACCAGGCUUCAAGCUGAAGGCCCGGAUGGUGAUGACGCCGCUGGCCAUCUCCCCGCCCAGCAGCACCCCCGAGCCCGACAUGAGCUCCAUCCCUCAGGACGCCGCCACCGUCCCGCACUCGGCCGCGCCCCAGGUGCUCACAGUGUGCAUCUACAUCAACAAGCAGGCCAACACGGGUCCCAACCUGGACAGAAAGAAGAUCCAGCAGCUGCCGGACCACUUUGGACCCGACAGACCCUCGGUGGUCCUGCAACAGGCGGUCCAAGGCUGCAUCGACAGCGCCUUCCAGCAGAAGACCGUCUUUGCGCUCCUCACGCAGGGUUAUGGCGGGGAGAAGAUCUCAGCCACCUUUGAUGGCAAGCAGCACCUGCUCAGCCUGCCGGUGGUCAACAGCAUCGACUACGUGCUGCGCUUCCUCAAGAAACUGUGUCGGAGCUUGCACUGUGAGAACCUCUUCAGCGACCAGCCCGUCAUCAGCCGCCGCGCCUCCUACCAGUCUGACGCUGAAACGUCUCUGGCAGACGACUACCGCCACGAGCAGGCAGACGCCAAGCGCUACCCUGUGGACCAUGGCGAGUCCGCCUUCAGCUCCAUAAGCUCCUCCUACUCGCCAAAGUCCACCUACGGCUUCCGCUCUUUGCAGCAGUUCCCCGCCUGCCCCGUGCCCUUGGGCCCCGGCAGGCAGACGUCCGCCGGCCCCGACACCUUCUUAGAAGCCAACAGGACAGAGUCCCAGGAGUCCAAGGCUCCGGCCAGCAAAGAGCCGUCCUCUUGGACCGUGGACGAUGUGGUCUGGUUCAUGAAGGACUCGGACCCUCAGGCCUUGGGUCCUCACGCCGAAGUCUUCAGGAAACACGAGAUCGACGGCCACGCCUUGCUGCUGCUGAAGAGCGACAUGAUGAUGAAAUACUUGGGCCUGAAGUUAGGCCCCGCCCUCAAGCUGUCUUUCCACAUCGACAAGCUCAAGCAGAGCAAGUUCUAGAAGGCGGGAAGCUUGGAAGGACAAUCACCUUCUUUUUGUUUUUUACUUUCACUUUGUCAACAUAACAUCUAAUCUUUUUUACUUUCAAUCUGUUAACAGGACAUUUCAAAUCCUUUUUUUUUUUAAACUUUCAUUUUGUUUACAGAAUGUCAAAUCUUUGUUUAAACUUUAAUAAUAACAGGACAUUUCGCUUUUUUUUUAACUUUCACUUUGUUUACAGAACAUCACAUAUCUUAUUACUUUCACUUUGUUAACAGGACAUUUCACUAUUUCUGUUUACAGAAUAUCACAUCUUUCUUUACUUUCACUAUGUUUACAGAACAUCACUUUGUUAACAGGACAUCAAAUUAUUAAUAUUUUUACUUUCACAUCAUUAACAUACAUUUCACAUCUUUGUUUACUUUCACUUUGUUUACAGGACAUCAAAUCUUUUUUUACUUUCACUUUAUUAGCAGGACAUUUAACUUUUUUUUUUCAACUCUCACUGUGUUAACAGGACAUUUCACAUAAUUUUAACUUUCACUUUUUUUACAGAACAUCACAACUAGUUUUACUUUCACUUUGCUAACAGGACAAUUCACAUCUUUUUUUCAGACUUUCACUUUGUUUACUGAACAUCACAUUUUUUACAUUUUGUGAAUGGGACUUUAGAUCUAUUUUUUUUUUAACUUUCACUUUCUUUACAGGACAUUUCACAAUUUUUACUUUCACUUUGUUUGCAAAACAUCACAGGUGUUUUUUUUACUCUGUUAGCAGGACAUUUCACAUCUUUUUAACUUUCACUUUGUUUACAGAACAUCACAACUUGUUUUACUUUCACUUUGCUAACAGGCCAAUUCACUUUUUUUUUUAACUUUCACUUUGUUUACUGAACAUCACAAAAAAAAAUACUUUCAUUUUGUGUAUGGGACUUUACAUCUCUUUUUUUUUAACUUUCUCUUUGUUUACAGGAGAUUUCACUUUCUUUAACUUUCACUUUGUUCACAUAACAUCACAACUUUUUUUUAACUUUUACUCUGUUAACUGGACAUUUCACAUCUUUUUAACUUUCACUUUGUUUACAGAACGUCACAACCUGUUUUACUUUCACUUUGCUAACAGGACAAUUCACAUCUUUUUUAUUUUUACUUUCACUUUGUUUACUGAACAUCACAACUUUGUUGUACUUUCAUUUUGUCUAUGGGACUUUGCAUCUCUUUUUUUUUUAACUUUUACUUUGUUUAUAGGACAGUUCACAUCUUUGAUCUUAACCACUACGAGACACAAAGAUUUUACACGGACAGAGACUUUACUCGCACAUCUUUAUUACACCCGUCCAGAUGUUGACCUCAUCUGCAGCACGGCUGCAUGCAGAUUUUAAAUCUACAGUACUCUAAUAUAGUACUGUAUGUAUCAUAAUAAUAUACAGUACACCCACAGUACUUCAUGUACAAUAAUAUACUCCUAUAGUACUCUAUGUACAGUACAACUACAGUACUGUAUGUACAAUAAUACACUCCUAUAGUAGUCUGUAUGUACAAUAAUGUACUCAUACAAUACUGUACAAUAGUGUACAGUAAUAAACAGUAGAUCUACAGUACUGUAUAUACAGAAAUAUCCAGUUCACCGACAGUAUUAUGUACAAUAAUACACUCCUGUGGUACUGUAUGUACAAUAACACACUCCUACAGUACUUUGUGUACAAUAAUACACUCCUAUACUGUAUGUAGAAUGAUAUAUGUGAAACAAAUACGUGUAAACUUUAUUAUUAAGUAGCCAGAUUGAAAUACUUGCGUUGCAUAUUUUGCGGUGUACUUGCCAAGUGUACUCUGAUGUCACACAAGUAUUUUUAUUUAUUUUGGAAAAUCCUUGGUGCCGAUGAACGUAUUUCAAAUGUUUGCUUGUGUGUUUUAUGAUCCUCUGUAUGAGUAUUAAACGACACGACUACAGUGCGUAUCGUAGUGUUUAUGUACAGUACCUACCCUAAUAUCACAUAUCACAGAAAUACUGUACACCGUGCAUUACUGUAAAUGGAGGAACGCUAUUUGUGUAUUUUCAAAGUAAAAUCCUGCGACAGACCUUCCAGUUUUUUUCCUACCGUAAAAUCUGUGGCCUUUAUUUUACUGUACAAUACUGUAGAGCAGAUCCGCUGUUAUUUUUACAGUAAGACUGGCAACUGUGCUGAGUUGUUGAUGUUUUUUUACAGUGCAUUACUGUAAAUGGCAAAACAGUGUCACUUUUGUUUUUACAGUAAAAUUCUGCCGACUGAACUGCCAUCCAUUUCCUACC